ACCGGGGCCCCAAAUUAAACCCCAGAGCUCUCUCUCUUUCAGAGCCACUGACCAUUGGAAACUGAGCCACAAUGCUUCCCGCUUCAAAUCUCCAACUCCCUCUCCGAUCUUCCAACCUCUAAAUUCCGCCAAAAAUGGAAACCCUAAAGCUUCCAAUUUCAAUCAGACUCCCCAAUCACCACUCUCCUCUUCUCAACCACCACCACCACCCAACCACCGCCGCCACUCGUCUCAUCUCCCCCAAACCCAUUCUCCGCCGCCUCCGCUCUCCUCUCUUUCGGUUCAAACCCUCUCUCCUUUCUCCCCCGCGAAACUUCCCUACUCUUCUUCGUUGCUCUGCCGCCGAGGUCCACUCCGAUCACGAUCACCACCACCACCACGACGAGCACCGCCACGAGCACGAGCACGACCACGACCACGACCACGAUCACGGUCACGACCACCACCACCAUCAUCACCACCACGGCGGAGAUUGUGCGGAGCUAACCGGGACUCAGAAAGCGUUCAUCGGAUUUGCAAAGGCUGUGCGAUGGACCGACCUCGCCGAUUUCCUCAGGGAGCACUUGCAUUUGUGUUUCUGCUCCGCCGCGCUGUUCCUCGCCGCCGCCGCUUGCCCUUACGUGGUUCCCAAGCUCGCCGUGAAGCCUCUGCAGAAUGCUUUCCUGAUCGUCGCUUUUCCUCUAGUCGGAGUCUCUGCGGCACUUGAUGCAAUGACUGACAUUAGUGGCGGGAAGGUGAACAUUCAUGUAUUAAUGGCUUUGGCAGCUUUUGCCUCGGUGUUUAUGGGGAAUGCUCUUGAAGGAGGCUUGCUUUUGGCUAUGUUCAAUCUUGCUCAUAUCGCUGAGGAGUAUUUUACCAGUCGCUCCAUGAUCGAUGUGAAAGAGUUGAAAGAAAAUUAUCCGGAUUCUGCCCUUGUUCUGGAUAUGGAUGAUGAACAGGUUCCGGAUACAUCUAAUUUGAAGUACAAGCAGGUUCCUGUGCACGACCUACAAGUCGGGUCAUAUAUCUUGGUUGGAGCUGGAGAGUCUGUGCCUGUAGAUUGUGAAGUGUUCCAAGGUAAUGCUACCAUUACUAUCGAGCACUUAACGGGAGAAGUUACGCCAUUGGAGACAAAAGCUGGAGACAUGAUACCUGGUGGUGCUAGGAACUUGGAUGGCAGGAUAAUAGUGAAGGCAAGAAAAAAUUGGAAAGAGUCAACCCUUAGCAGGAUUGUGCAAUUGACAGAAGAAGCACAAUUAAAUAAACCAAAGCUUCAGAGGUGGUUAGAUCAGUUUGGCGAGCAAUACAGCAAGGUGGUUGUAGUUUUGUCAGUCGCUGUUGCUCUACUUGGUCCAUUCCUAUUCAAGUGGCCGUUCAUUGGUACAUCAGCUUGCAGAGGAUCAGUUUAUAGAGCAUUGGGCCUCAUGGUGGCAGCAUCACCAUGUGCUUUGGCUGUAGCUCCAUUGGCCUAUGCUACUGCAGUUAGCUCCUGUGCAAGGAAGGGUAUAUUGUUGAAAGGCGGUCAUGUGCUAGAUGCUCUAGCUUCCUGUCACACUAUUGCGUUUGAUAAAACUGGGACCUUGACAACUGGGGGCCUAGCGUUUAAAGCAAUUGAACCAAUUUAUGGACAUCAAGUUAGAAACAAUAAAUCAGAUUUUUCUUCCUGUUGUGUGCCAAGCUGUGAAAAAGAGGCCCUUGCUGUCGCUGCCGCAAUGGAGAAGGGUACCACUCACCCUAUUGGAAGAGCUGUUGUAGACCAUAGUGAAGGGAAAGACCUUCCUUCUGUUUCUGUUGAGAGUUUCGAGUAUUUUCCCGGCAGAGGUCUAGUUGCUACUGUCAAUGGCAUUGAGUUAGGAACCGAAGGGGGUAAACUGUUGAAAGCAUCUCUUGGUUCAGUAGAUUUCAUCACUUCACUGUGUUUCUCGGAAGAUGCAUCCAAAAAGAUCAAGGAAGCUGUGAAUGCUUCUUCUUACGGAACUGAUUUUGUUCGUGCUGCUCUUUCAGUUGACGAAAAGGUAACACUGAUUCACCUCGAGGAUAGGCCUCGACCUGGGGUCUUGGAUGUCAUUGCAGAGUUACAAAAUCAAGCAAAGCUCCGUAUAAUGAUGUUAACUGGUGAUCAUGAGUCAAGUGCUUGGAGAGUUGCAAAUGCUGUAGGUAUCAAUGAAGUUCAUUGCAGCCUGAAGCCUGAGGAUAAACUCAGUCAUGUCAAGGGUGUCUCAAGGGAUAUGGGGGGAGGUCUGAUAAUGGUUGGUGAAGGUAUUAAUGAUGCUCCAGCACUUGCAGCUGCAACGGUAGGGAUUGUCCUUGCGCAACGUGCUAGUGCAACUGCCACAGCUGUUGCUGAUGUGUUGUUGCUGCGUGACAAUAUAUCUGCCGUGCCAUUCUGUAUUGCCAAGUCUCGCCAAACAACUUCUCUGGUUAAGCAGAAUGUAGUCCUUGCUUUAAGCUGUAUAGUUUUGGCCUCUCUUCCAUCUGUUUUAGGUUUUCUUCCCCUCUGGUUAACGGUUCUAUUACAUGAAGGCGGUACCCUUCUUGUCUGCCUCAACUCCAUCCGUGCUCUAAACCACCCGACAUGGAGCUGGAGGCAGGAUUUAUGGGAUUUAUUUAACCAACUGAAAUCAAGACUCGAAUUGUCAAGGAGACUUGCAACGAGCUCAAACCCCACCCAAGCUGCACCUCCGGUAUCCUUAUAAUUCUUUAGGGAAGUUAUGCUAAUCCAAGUACAGUAAUGUAAGACAGCAAAACAGUCAACCAAGUAAAUAUCCUUAUGUUUCGCA